GAACGUAGUAAACAGACGCGAUUAACCUCGAUGAAAACGUACGGUCGCUGGUAGGCAACCGUAGGCAAGGCCAUUUUUUCAGUGAAUCAGGCAGUUCUAGUACAGACAACAACGGACCUGCUCUACCGCUAUGGCGUUCCUCGCGAGAAUCGUUAAGUGCGAGGCGCAAUUUGUCGCAAGGACUUACAGCAGUAGCGUACCAACGGUUAAGAUGUACAUUGAUGGCCAAUUCGUAGAAUCGAAGGCCACAGAGUUCACCGACGUUCAUGAUCCAGCGACGAACGAGCUGUUAUGUCGCACGCCAAAGUGCACGAAAGAGGAAAUGGAGACAGCCGUGAAAAGUGCGAAGGGAGCGUAUGAGAAAUGGAAAAAUACCAGUGUAUUAACUAGACAAACGCUGAUGCUUAAAUAUCAAACUCUCAUACGCGAACAUUCGAAAGAAAUCGCAGAGAACAUGGUAAAGGAAAAUGGGAAAACAAUGGCUGAUGCGGAAGGCGACGUUCUUCGAGGACUUCAGGUCGUCGACGCGUGUACCGCAAUUCCUUGCCUGCAAAUGGGCGAGAGCACGCCAAACAUCGCCACAGAUAUGGAUAUCAUUUCCUACAAAGUUCCCCUUGGCGUAACUGCCUCCAUCUGUCCGUUCAAUUUCCCCGCGAUGAUACCUCUUUGGUCGUUUCCGGUCUCGGUCGCCUGUGGAAACGCCACGAUUCUCAAACCGUCCGAGCGUGUACCAGGAGCUUCGAUGAUCCUGGCUGAUCUAUUCACCAGAGCCGGUGCUCCACCAGGAUUGUUGAACGUUAUCCACGGUCAACACGCCGCUGUCGAUUUCAUCUGCGAGCAUCCCGAUAUCAAAGCAGUUUCUUUCGUUGGUUCCGAUCAAGCGGGAAAAUACAUUUACAGACAGAGCAGCGCGCAUGGAAAACGCGUGCAGUGCAACAUGGGUGCGAAGAAUCAUUGCGUGGUGCUGCCAGAUGCGAAUAAGAAUAAAACCCUUUCUCAAAUCGUGGGUGCUGCUUUCGGGGCUGCCGGCCAACGAUGCAUGGCGCUUUCUGUGGCAAUAUUCGUGGGUAAAUCGAAGGAUUGGGUGACAGAAUUGGUGGAGGCCGCAAAGAAAUUAAAGGUGAAUGCGGGACACGUACCUGGAACCGAUCUCGGGCCCGUUAUAUCUCCGCGAUCUAAGAAGAGGAUAUGCGAUCUGAUCGAGACAGGGGUGAAAGAUGGUGCCACGUUGGCUCUCGACGGCAGAGGUCUCGUUGUCAGUGGUUUCGAAAAGGGAAAUUUCGUUGGACCAACCGUAUUGACAAACGUGAAGACCUCGAUGCAAUGUUACACGGAGGAAAUCUUUGGGCCUGUUCUUUCGUGUAUUUUCGCUGAUACUUUGGACGAAGCUAUCGACAUUAUUAACAAAUGUCCUUAUGGAAAUGGAACUGCUGUGUUUACGUCAAACGGUGCAACGGCUAGAGCAUUUGUAAAUAGAAUAGAGGCUGGUCAGGUUGGCGUAAACGUUCCUAUUCCAGUGCCGCUGCCCAUGUUUAGUUUCACCGGAAACAAGGGAUCUUUCUUAGGCGACAAUCAUUUUUACGGAAAGCACGGUAUAAAUUUCCACACGCAAGUAAAAACGAUAACGCAGCUGUGGAGAUCCGGAGACGCUGGUGAUAUCGCAUCCUCGACGGCUAUGCCAACCAUGCAGUAAACUAAAUGUUCCUCGAUUACAGUGAUACAAAGCGUUACAGUUGGAAAUCUUUCUGUAUACUCCAUACGAAAUUUUAUAAACAGACGAAAUUUCUGUUUUAAAAAAAGAUGACUUUCCAAUACUACUGUAACGAACAAUGUCUUCCAUUAGUCCGAAAUAACUUACUGUCGGAUAAAUCGAAAGAGAUACGCUUCCUAUUGUGUUUACUAUGUUUGUUUAUAUUUUGUAACAAAAUAAUAAAAUACCACCGGUGAAAUUUUGUAUUCUAUAUUUUUUAGAAGAACAUAUACGUUUAUGAAAUAACGUAAAUUUUUGUACUAUUUUUUUAGUAAUCUUCCGUUCUCCGAUAGUUCUGAAAAAUGUAACUAUGUAUCCGCAAAUAUAACUAUACCUUUCUUGUUAUUUAA